AUGCAGUGGAUCGCCGACCAACUGGAUUUCUUCCCGGAGCAACAGACUGGCUUCAGGAGACACCGGUGCACUGCCGACUCCAUUGCAGACGUCGUCGCCACCCUGGAGGAUGCCAAGAGCUGCGGAGACGUGGCAAUGCUGCUGCUGCUGGACGUGGAGAGCGCCUUCGACGGUCUCCCGCACGUUGUCGUCGAGGCGGCCAUGGACCAGCUUGGCAUCAGCGGGUGCCUCCGAGGCUUUGUGUCCGCCUUCCUAUCCGGGAGGACCUUCUGCGUCCGUGUUGGAGGGGUGACCUGCCAGCCUAGGGACAUCCCUACCGGUGUCCCACAAGGUUCUGUGCUAAGUCCUUUUCUCUUCAACAUGGCGCUGGCAGGACUUGCAGCCUCCCUCCCGACAGACACCAGGUUCCCGGCCCGCUGCUCCGUCUAUGCUGAUGACGUAGCACUGUGGGCAAGGGGACCAAGGCGGUCCAUUCCUGCCAUCAGGAGGUCACUGCAGGCAGCCCUGGAUGCAGUGAUCUCCUUCCUCGGAAGCAUCGGCCUCAAAGUCUCUGCCACCAAGACCGAGGCCCUGCUGAUCCAUCCACUCGCUGCGGCACGGGUCUACGUGAAGCCACUGAGGGUCGGCAACCGCAGUCUCCCCUGGAGAAAGGAGGUGAGGUAUCUGGGCCUCACUGUCGACCACCGGCUCACCUGGAUCCCCGCUGCGAAGGCCGCCGCCACCAAGGUCCGACGAGUUCAAGGGGCCAUCGGCAAACUGCAGCAGCGUGGCCGUGGAUGCUCCACGAAGUGGGCGCUGCGGCUCAACCAGGCCGCGGCGUCCUCCGUGCUGCUGUAUGCCCUGCCGCUGGUGAACCUGACGCCAGCCAGGAGAUGCCUGCUGGAGGGACUGCACAGAGGAGCCGUGAGGACCAUCCUAGGGCUCCCCAGGUGCUCCCCUGUUGCAGCGACGCUUGCGGAGGCGAGAGAGUGGCCCCUGACGCUACGCAUGCUCCAGCGAGCGUUGGGGCACAUCGACCGCCUCCACCGUGCCGCGGACGGUGCAGCCCUUCUGAAACGCUUGCGCAGCCUGCCAGGAUCCAGGAUGGGAGGCCUCCUCCCAUUGUACCACCAGAUGGUACCGGAUCCACCAGCCCCUGUUGCCUCUCCGCCGCCACACCACCGGCCCCCUGAGGUGCACCUCCACCUGGCCGGGGCAACGAAGCGACGAACUCCUGCAGCAGCACUGCAGCAGGCAGCCUCCUGCAAGCUCCAGGAGCAACUAGAGGGUCGGCUGCAGGUUUUCACGGAUGGAUCCGUGAUGCCAGAUGGGACUGCAGCGUUCAGCGGCGCAGAGCUGGCCGGACUGCACCUGGCAGCUGACCUACUGGCAGAGGACAUCCCAUCAGAGCCUGUCACCGUCCUCUGUGACAGCAAGGCAGCACUACAGAUCCUGGCCAACCAUCGAGACACCGGACUGACCGGAAGCCUCGUGGCGGCCAAGUACCGUGCCCUUGCUGCAUCUGGUGCGUCUGUCUCCUUCCACUGGCUGCCCUCCCAUGUGGGCAUAGCUGGUAACGAGGAGGCAGACGCGCUUGCCAAGGCAGCACACCAGCCUGGCACCACGAUCACCCGGGCCGUCGCGGCUAGGGACUACACGCAGGCCCGUCUCAACAAGCUCCUGGUCACGGUCCACCCAGACUCAAGGGUGGCCAGUGGACGAGGGCCAAAGCUGCUACCAGAGACGGGCCUCACCAGGAGAGAUCGGUCUGCCCUGCUGCGCCUGCGGACCGGCUGUGUGGACCGCUGCCCGCCGACAUGCGAAGGGUCUCUGCGCCUCCCCAGCCUGCAGCCGCUGCGGCGAUCCUAA